CCCAUAUCCAAUGGAUAAUUAACUUUGUACUGUAUAUAUACACAUUUUCAAUUGAAUAAUUUUACCCUCUAGUAGGUACAUAAUUUUUUAUCCAUACCCUUUCCAUUUGAAAUGAGUAUGAAGAAUGGAUACACAUUGGCAGGCCUAAUGUAGCCCUUGAUAUCCUGGUGAAGCCGUGAAGGUGAACUAGCAGAAGACGACGACAGCCCGCCAAACAAGGACUAACCAUGUGGCACAACUUGCUUGCCGGCACGUCCCUCUGCUGCGAAAGAUCAGGGGGGCUGCGCCGUGAAGGUGAACUAGCAGAAGACGACGACAGCCCGCCAAACAAGGACUAACCGUGUGGCCCAACUUGCUUGCUGGCACGUCCCUCUGCUGCGAAAUAUCAGGGGUGCUGCGCCGUGAAGGUGAACUAGCAGAAGACGACGACAGCCCGCCAAACAAGGACUAACCGUGUGCGAAAUAUCAGGGGUGCUGCGCGCCAAAAUCUUGCCUUGUUUGCACAGCGAAACGGCUCAACUGCACAGACGCUCGUGCCAAACCUCCCCUUCCGCAACGACACCUUGUUUGCCUGUCGUGGUAUGCGACCCUUGAAGCACUUCUAUAUUAGACGCAUCAUCGUAGUAGGAAGAACAGAACAAGAAGCCGUCGACAAAGAAGAAAUUCGAGCUCCAACGACGACACUGUUUCAGUUAGCCUUAGCCCAAGGCCUUCUCUUCAGCUCUUUUUUGAGUCCACCUGGUAUAAUCCUUGCAAGAUGGUCGGACCGAUCGUGCUCGCGGCGUCCGCCGGCCUCGGCAUGCUCACCGGCCUCGCGACGCCGGACAGGUGCUCCUCCUCCUCCGGCGGCGCGCGGGGGCCGAGCUGCGUGGCGUGCGGCGGCACGGGGAAGGUGGCCUGCCUCUGUGCCCGGUGGUCGGACGGCGACGACGUCGGGUGCCGGCCGUGCGCAGGGACCGGACGCACGCCGAGCCGGAGGUGCCGCGGCCCCGGCCGCACCGGGCGGCGGCACGAGCCCGUGCGGGUGGUCGUGCGCGCGCAGAGGCCCCUGGAGGCUGUUACAAAAGCCAGGAAAUGACGAGUUCCUCGCGCUAAAAUCGUAGCGAUGUUGUAGCAACUAGGCUACUAGCUUAGCAAGCUUCCAUAUGCUUCAGCAUCCCAUCAGCGUCGUUUCGUUGUACAUUAUGUGUUGCAGGGCUAGUUCUCUCGGAACAUACGAGGAUCUUGAGGUUGCACUUAUUCUUCUGAUAUAUCUUAUUAAUCUAUUACAUCAUUUAGAAUUUGCUUUCCA